ACUCGCCCUUGCGGCUGCAGACCUGCCGCCCUCUGCUCCCCGGAGCCCUGACUCGCCGCCGCGGCUCGGCUUGCCGAGGGCCCUUCCCCGGCCGCCGCCAGAGCCAUGAAGAUGCACUUCUGCAUCCCGGUGUCCCAGCAGCGGCCGGACGCGCUGGGGGGCCGCUACGUGCUGUACUCCGUGUACCUGGACGGGUACCUCUUCUGCAGGGUGCGCUACAGCCAGCUGCACCGUUGGAACGAACAGCUGAGGCGGGUCUUUGGAAAUUCCCUGCCACCCUUUCCGCCAAAGUACUAUCUCGCAAUGACCGCAUCCAUGGCUGACGAGAGAAGGGACCAGUUGGAACAGUAUUUGCAGAAGGUAACCAUGGACCCAAACAUGUUGAGAAGUGACGUCUUCAUUGACUUUUUAAAACUCGUACAGCUGGACACAUUUAGCAUCACGAUCAAGACAGCGGCUCUGGACAUAUUUCUGCCUGAUGGAAGGAAUAUUCAAAUCGAAAUUCUAACAUCAGAUACUGCUGAAAGAGUUCUAGAGGUGGUGUCACACAAAACUGGACUGUGUCAGGAGCUCUUGGGCUACUUCGGCCUCUUUCUCAUUCGGUUUCGCAAAGAGGGCAAGCUCUCUGUCAUGAAAAAACUGGCGGACUUUGAACUCCCUUAUGUGAGUCUCAGAAGUGCUGGAAUGGAAAACUGCAAGGUUGGACUCCGGAAGUGGUACAUGGACCCAUCCCUCGACUCCAUGCUGAUGGACUGCACAGCAGCCGUAGAUUUGAUCCAUAUGCAGGCACUACAGGACAUUGAACAAGAAUGGGCCAAACCCACACAGGCGCAGAGGCAGAAAUUAGAGGCUCUCCAGAAAGAAGACAACCAAACAAAGUUUUUGGAGCUGUCCCAAGAGGUACGGCACUAUGGAUACCUGCAGCUGGAUCCCUGUACCUGUGACUACCCGGAACCGGGCUGUGGGGCCGUCCUUUCUGUCGGCAAUGAUGAGAUCAGCUGCUGCAUAACCCUGCCUGAUAACCAGACCCAGGAAAUCAUCUUCCAGAUGAGCAGAGUGAAGUGCUGGAAGGUCACUUUCCUCGGAACUCUGCUGGAUGUGGAUGGACCUCAGCGAACUCUCAACCAGAACUUAGAGCUCAGAUUUCAGUAUAGUGAAGACAGUCGUUGGCAAUGGUUUGUUAUUUACACCAAACAGGCUUUUUUGCUGAGUAGCUGCUUGAAAAAGAUGAUCUCAGAAAAGACGGUAAAGCUAGCUGCAGAGAAUCCAGAAAUGCAGAUUGAAGUUCCAGAACAAGGCAAAAGUAAAAAAUGCCACAUCCAACAAAGCCAGAAAGACUCUUCUCAUUUUCCACCAAGGAAAAGCAAGAUUGAGAUAGCCAAAGCUGACUGUGUUUCGGGGACCAUAAAGGAAGAAGAUCUUUGAUGAGAAACUCUCACUUUUAAAAAUGUCCUUUAGGGACUGUCUCGACAGUGAAAGAGCUCAGGAAUUGGAAGUGGGCUUCCUAGCAUGAGUGGAAGAAGUUAAACUCUUUCCCAUUUUCUUCUGACGUUAAGAUGGGCAGUGUUGACCAAGAGUACUUCAGAACUCUGUUAAUCUCAAGAUUAAAGAGAACUAUGAACCACAGUUAUAUAGUUUGAUUUAAGGACUCAUAAAUGACAAACAACAAAUCCAAAGCAAUUAGUAUGUCGUUUGUUCUUUUCUCCCCGCCCCAGAAGAGAUGUGUGCCUGGCUUGACGAAGUCUUCAAUCUGUUCUGAUAUUACGUGAAUGAAAGGCUCGGCAUAAAACACUCUAAAUGUAUUGGGGGUUAGGUUCUGAAGGCAUGACUCAACAUCUAAGGAAAAUGUGGCUCUAAGAAAUGGAAUCAUUGAAAAAGAAAUCUGGAUGGACUUCACUGAUCUGUCCACAGCACCAGGGCAAGGAAGUGAUGAAAUACUUACUUGUUUCCUUACAUAAGUCUGAGUCCACCAAUAGCGACGUACUCAAAGGGAUAGGCUGCCCAGUUCUCUGUUUCUCCACUGAUGUAACUGUAUUCUGUCUUUAGAAUAUGGAAUUCAGUUCAGUAAGCAUCACUAUUUUGAAUCUUUUUUAUUUGGGAAAGCAAUGGGGCCCUGCACUCACUAUCGGAUACUGUGUAUGUCUCUUAGCUUUCAGACUAUGGAUACUUUUUAGUUUUUUCCUUAUCUGGUUUCAGUUUAUCAUGAUAAUAAAUGUGAUUACAUAUGGAAUUAAGACUGCAAUUAGGGAGAGAGACAGAAGAAUUUAUGUAAUGUAAUUAGAUAAAGUGCAAUAUUCUAAUGUUCUUUUCUAACUGGAUUGUGUAACUAAUUAUGUAAUAAAUAUGAAAUAUAUUCUAGUGGAUAUAAAAUUUACUGAUGAAAA